AUGUUGAAAAAGUCAUCUACAGAAGAUAAUUUGUCUUCAAUCGCAAAGUCUAUUGGUAGACGUCAAUCGUUGGAUAUAAAUAAUGAGUAUAUUGAAUCAUCAUCGUCAGCAAGCGAUGAUGAUAAACUGGAGAUUCAGGAUAUCACCCCUAAGGAAAAUGAUUCAAAACAGCAUAACCAUAAAUAUAAAUCUCCACUUGGGGAUAUUAGGUUCCAUUCCGUAUCAUCAACUAUAUUUGAUUCUCAGGAUUUUAAAGAUUCUCAAUUUUUUGGAUUUUAUGUAUUGUUCUGGUUAGGUACAGCCUUCUAUAUGAUAAAUAUCUUAGUCCAUGCUUAUUUUGUCAAAUCAGAAUUCAUACUAGAAUGGCCAGUUGUCAAAUUACUACUCAAGGAUUUAUAUAAAGUGGGAUUGACUGAUUUAGCCAUGUAUUUAUCAACAUAUUUUGUAUUCUACAUUCAAUAUGCUUGUAAAUUAAAUGUCAUAUCUUGGGAAAGAGUAGGAUGGAUAGUUCAAUCAGUUUUCGAAAUUGCUCAUUUAAGAUUUUGGUUAUGGUUUGCAUCAGAUUCAGUUAUGGGUUUUUCUUGGAUUGCAAAGGUAUUCUUAGUAUUACAUAAUUUGGUAUUCAUUAUGAAAAUGCACUCUUAUGGAUUUUACAAUGGUUAUCUUUGGAAGAUUAUGAAGGAAUUACAAUUCCUGGAAAGUUAUCUUGCAAGGAUCAAUAGUGAUACAGAUGUUAAAAUCCCGGAAGGUUAUACUAUAGAUCAAUUAAAAUCAACAUUACAGGAAAGUAUCGAAUUUUGUAAGUUUGAUUUGGAAUAUCAAUCCCAAGCUACCACUAUAAAGAGUGAUGCUUAUAAAUUUGAUGAAAGUCGAAUUAAUGAAAGUCUUGAAUCUUUACAAGCCAAGAAUAUUAUUACAUUCCCAUCUAAUAUCAGCUUCUUCAAUUUCUUUGAAUAUUCUCUGUUUCCAACUGUGGUUUAUACAUUACAUUAUCCAAGAAAUGAAAGAAUUAGAUGGUCAUAUGUGUUUCAAAAGACAUGUGCUGUGUUUGGAAUUAUCUUCUUGAUGAUCUUAGUGGCUCAGAAUUGGAUGUAUCCAUUAGUACUUCAAUGUAUUGAAGUUCGUAAAUUACCAGUUCAAGAAAGGUUUUCUCGUUAUAUUUUCAUAUUACUUGAUAUGAUUCCUCCAUUUCUUAUGGAAUAUUUAUUUACAUUCUUUUUAAUUUGGGAUUCUAUUUUGAAUGCUAUUGCUGAAUUAACCAGAUUUGCUGAUCGUGAAUUCUACGGUCCUUGGUGGUCAUGUACUGAUUGGUCUGAAUUCCUGAGAAUUUGGAAUGUACCAGUUCAUAAAUUCUUAUUAAGACAUGUCUAUCAUUCUUCGAUUAGUUCAUUCAAAGUUAACAAGUUUCAAGCUGCUUUGUUAACAUUUAUAAUUUCAAGCAUUGUUCAUGAGCUUGUCAUGUAUGUUAUAUUUGGUACAUUAAGAGGAUAUUUGUUACUAUUACAGAUGUCUCAAAUUCCAUUGGUUAUGUUCAGUAGAACAGCGUUUAUGAAGGAUAAAAAGGUAUUAGGGAAUAUUAUUUGUUGGUUUGGGUUUCUUUCAGGUCCGUCUAUGAUUUGCACAUUAUAUUUAACAUAUUAA